CCAUAGCAACAGCCUUAUCCGCAGGGGCUUACUCAAAGCUUUUACAACAAUACUUAGCAAAUAUCUAAGCCUUUCUCUGUCAAAAUCAUCGUUUAUUGAGUUUUAUUGUUGCCUUGUCAGGGGAGAAAUGUUUUACGAGAAAUUUCUGUAUAAAUUAAUCCGUAAAAGGACUUAGGAGACGAUGUUUUAAAGUGAAAGAUAGAAUAAAAUGACAGAAAUGUCAUGAGUGCUUUUAUGAAUGGUGCAUGGUUGUUUGUUGAAAUGGGGAAAAUCAAGCCUGUUUAAUUUGUUCAAAUAAAUAUGGAAAAAUAUGAGAAUUUGGGUUUGGUUGGAGAGGGCUCAUAUGGUAUGGUGAUGAAAUGCAGACACAAGGAGUCAAAUCAAAUUGUUGCUAUUAAAAAGUUCUUGGAAUCAGAAGAAGAUAAGAUGGUGAAAAAAAUUGCAAUGCGCGAAGUGCGAAUGUUAAAGCAACUGAGACAUGAGAACCUUGUCAACUUAAUUGAAGUUUUUCGAAGGAAGAAACGUUUGUUUCUUGUAUUUGAAUUUGUUGAUCGUACUGUACUUGAUGACCUAGAGAGAUACCCCAAUGGCUUGGAUGAAAUUCAAGUGAAGAAAAUCAUGUGGCAAGUUGCUAGAGCCCUAGAAUUUUGUCAUAAUCACAAUGUAAUUCAUCGUGAUGUAAAGCCAGAAAAUAUUUUGAUUUCAAAAUCAGGAGUUGUCAAAGUUUGUGAUUUUGGUUUUGCUAGAACAACAGGUUCUACUCCUGGUGAAGUGUUCACUGAUUAUGUAGCAACAAGAUGGUAUAGGGCUCCAGAACUUCUUGUUGGAGACACAAAAUAUGGAAGACCUGUUGAUAUUUGGGCUUGUGGCUGUCUUGUGAUUGAAAUGUUGACAGGGGAACCAUUAUUCCCUGGAGAUUCUGAUAUUGAUCAGUUGUAUCAUAUUAUUAAGUGUUUUGGGACAUUAAUUAAACGACAUAAGCAGAUUUUCUCCCAAAACCCAUUGUUUGUGGGCAUGAGAUUGCCUGAAGCAAAGCAAUAUGAACCAUUGGAAAAGAGAUUCAAACUAAAACCAUUAGUUUCAGAUUUUACAAAGCAAUGUCUGCGACUAGAUCCUGACUCAAGACCAACAUGCACUUCUCUGCUGAAGCACGAAUAUUUCAAGAAAGAUAAUUUUUCAGAAAAGUUUGCCACUGAACUGAGAACAAAAAUAAAUCGGGAGAUUGCCGAUAACCCGUUGUUAAAACCUUUAGAAAGCUCCGACGAGAGAACAAAAGAAAGAAGGAAAGAAAAACGAAAUAGAAAGGAACGUGAACAUAAAGAAACACGGGAUACUAGGGAACAUAGGACUACAAAAGAACGUAAAAACAGCAAGGAACGGAAGGGCUCGAGGGAUAGUAAGGAAUUUAGGGAAUCAGUAGGAGAUGGGAAAGAUCAUGCGGAGUUCAUUGAAAGUCGAGAACGCAAGGACAAUUGUCGAGAAAUGAGGAACGAUUUCGAAAAAUGUCAACGAGAAAACAAGAAAGUGAAGGGUUGGUCCAAAGAUGAGCAGGUUUCUGAAACGUUUGAUAAAACAAUUCGAAAACUACCAUUAACCAAACCAUCAAAUCAAUCAUCAACAUCCCAAUGUAAUACAUCACAAUUACCAGCCAUGCGAACUGAUAGUCAUUCUACGAUGUUCAAAAGUUGGCCAUCAUAUGAUAAUACGUCAGCAUUUAACAGUCAAACAUCAAAUUCAAAUGAUCAAUCAUCAAUGGAGGCUCACAAUCCUGCAACGCAAACAACAAAUCGUCAACUUACACCUAUAAAUGAACAUCGCAAUACAGGCAACCAUUCAUUGACUAACUAUGGUUCAAGACAUUCGAUAGCAAACAGCCUAAAUGUAACAAAAACAAACUUAUUGUUUAAUGUGACAAACCAAAAAUCAAUCGAAGAAGAUGCUGCAAAUUAUUCUUCCACUACUUACCGUUCGCCAAGCGAGUUAAAACAUAAAAAGCAAUCUAAGAAAAACAGUGUUCAUUCUAAUCAUGGAAACGCGAUUUUGCAUUCUUCGGAACAUGAACAGGGGAACUGUGGUGAAACAAGUUCGAGAUUCGUCGAGAAUGAACACGAAAAGCGAUCGUCAAUGAAUGAUUCAACACGAAGAAGAAGUCGAUCCAAAGAAAAAGAAAAAGCGCAAGAACCAUCAUUUUUACCUGAUGUUCUUGGAAAUGAAGGAAAAGCACAAGCAAGGGCUAAAGGUCAAAAGAAAACGACUCUUGCGAUGCCUCAUAUCACAAAUCUUGCUCCAUUUCAAGGCACUUCACUUUCUAAUCAGAGUUCGACAAAUGGUGAAGACUCAAAUUUCCCAAAUGUUUAAGUGUAGGAAAGUGCAACAUGCUAGGAGAUGAUAUUUGCUUUGCUGGGGUACUUUGAAAUAUUAGCAACAGUGAAUUCUUUAUUUUGUAAAUAUUUCAAUUGAUAUGUCAUUUUAGUCGUAAUUCUAAUAAAACUAUUUGUAGAUGUAA